UCUCAAAAUAUCAAAUACUAAAAGUUGAGAAGGAAAAGAUCCAAGCGUAUUGUGCGAUAUCCCCGAUCGGUAAUCCAUAGAAGACCAUAGCGACGUCGUCUUCUCAUACGUCAAACAUGUACUAUCAUAUUAUCUAGACCGACAUCGGGUACUUCCGCUAGUAUUAUUAUAUUAUUAACAUAUCCGUUUGGACGAUUAAUGGCGUUUUUGUUGCCAACUAAAUUUCGAUUAUUAAAUCCUGGUCUAUUUUCAAUUAAACAACAUGCUUUAAGUUACAUAAUGAUUAGCACAUCUCAUACAUCGUACGCAAUAGAUACAAUUGUUUAUAGAAUUUAUUAUGCCGAUAGCUAUAAAGUCGAUUUUGCUUUAGCCGGUGUUUCUAUUAUUUCAUCACAAUUCAUUGGAUAUAGUAUUGCUGGUAUGUUGGAUGUUCACUGA